CGCAGUCGUCGACGGCGGCGACGCUCUAUUAUACCCUUUUGCUCCCGCCGGCUCCUCCCAAUUCGAGCUCCCCGCCGGAGCCGUUUCCGCUAAGAUCAGUGGAAGAUUAGAAGCGAUUUAAGACCAAAUCCCAUGGAAAGGGACAACUCCAGCUCAAAACGCCCUCUUUUCUGCCUGAAAUGGCCGUGGGAAACUGCAAUCCCUAACCAGAACAACCCUAGAAGCCCUUGCACGCUCGAAACCCCAUGGCUGUUCAGAUCCUUCCAAAAUCUGGCCUCUCUGGCCGCCAAUUUCAUCAACACCGCGCCGAGAUCCAGAAACUCUCCGCUCGGAGGGAUGAUGAGGAAGAAAUCGAGUCCGGAGGAACAAUCCGCGGCGGAGCAGGGCGCGUUUGCGGCGGCGCUGGCGAGCGACAAAGCCGCGACGGUGCUGGAAUUCUACUCCCGCAAGUGCCAACUCUGCAACUCCCUGUCGAAAUUCGUGGCCGAAGUCCAGAAACGGAACGCCGAUUGGCUCAACAUCGCGUUCGCCGACGCCGAGGACGGCCGGUGGUUGCCUGAGCUGCAGCAUUAUGACAUAAAGUAUGUUCCAUGCUUUGUGGUGGUGGACAAGGAAGGGAGGGCGCUGGCAAAAACAGGGGUUCCUUACAGCAGACUCCAUGUCGUUGCAGGUGUUUCUCAUCUCCUUAAAUUGGGACGCCCUCACAGAGAACAAAACCCAUGAUCUCAUCAUCUCUCAUAUACUCUUACAUUGCUGCAAUUCUUGAAGAACAGGGGCGACUAUUGUUGUCAAAUACAAGAAGCUUUGUUGCUCUAUAUAUAGCCUUUGACAACUUCCCUUUGUCUGACAAUUGUGUAUCUGUGUUUCUGUGUAAGUCUUGGUGUGCAUUUGGUAUCACAUAUUUUGGUGUCCCACAAGUUAAUUUUGAGUCUGAAUUGAUCU